GUGAUAAACGGUCGCAUUCAGUGCGGAAUUCUCUGAUAAAGUGACACAGAAUGGAGCUUGUGCUGUUGGUGCUAGUUUUUGCAGUGGAAAAGUGCUUCGGAAAAGGAAUGGAGCCGAACAUUUUCGCUAUCGAUAUGAACGACAUUUUGGAUGAACGCCUGAUGCCGGCUACUUUUCUGAUGUUGGAAGGCCCCGAAAAUCCAAUGGGGCAAAGUAAGCCAAAUCCGCAGAACGACAGUUCACCAUUUGUUUGGACGAAUUUGACCAACGAUGAUGGAACCUUCGGAACAGCUUUUUCAACGAUGAAAUUUCACAGAAAAAUGAUAAAUAGCUAUCUAUGCCACGGGUUUCUGGCCAACCAACUUAUGUCGGAAGUAAUGCCACGGACAGACAAAUUCUCAAAACGAACCGGAACAAGUCCAAUGAUGACCGAAAACGAUUAUCUUAACGUACGAAACUCAAUGCUUUAUGACCAGGGUUCUUCAGGAUACAAAGAUUGGCUGUCUAAAACCAGUACCCUAGACGAUAUCCACCGGAACUAUCUCUCCCAAAGCAUACCAGUAAACAACAACUCGUUGCAUCACCGGACAGACAGUCCACGAGCUACGGAGGACGAUUAUUUUGAUGAAGGGUUCAUAACCGGUUACGCCGUCCAGCAGUCAGAUCCUCAGCCUGGUUACCACAGUAGUUUCAAUUCUUAUCAAAAUCCUUAUCCGGUGUAUGGACCCCAGGCCCCGUUUAGCAAAGAUUUCCACCAGCACGAGCUACUGCUGGGUGAAGCCAGUUACGAUUCGGCCCGAGGAGACUAUUCCUACUAUCAUCCGAUGAUCGACAUCGAAGAGAAGAGCGUCGGCAAAGGAAUCGGCCUGAGGGAUCUGUUCGAUAUUGCUCUGACGACGUUGGCCUUUCUGUCCUUCGGAAUGUUCAUUCUACAGGUGAUCAUGUGCAUCACAAUGACCAAAACCGAUGCCAACAUGAUGAUGAUUCCGACGGUCGACGGAGGAGAGAUUGACGGUGCGGCGGAAGUGGAGAUCCGCAGACGAACGGCAAGAUCACUCCCGAUAUCGGACGGUGCGAGACUGCGGGAAAUCAACGCCAUCGCCCGGAUGGUACUGAACUCGAUGGAUGCAACGGUUUAUUCGACACAAGACCAGGGCCAGUGUUCUCAGCAGGUGAUCUGCAAGGGUAAUCGAUUUUCGAGAGAGCUGAAAUAUACCAAGCGAUAUUGGAUGGCAGUUUGGAACUUGGGAGCGAGUUGGCUAACCGGGAAUAUGGUAGCGGAAGAGGCUAGAUCAAGUACCAUUCUGGGAUGUUUGCGAGCAAUGAUAAUCGGUUUGGGAGGCGGUGAAUGUGACAAAACCUUUCGCUGUAGCAAAGAUCGGCAGCAUCAGUAGAAUCGCAACGCUGGGGAUUUUUACUAUCACCUGACCUAGCUUCCAAUAGCUGACUCAUGAAUAAACGCACCAAA